CAUGGACGCCAAAUCUACUUCUCUCCUCCUCCCUCCUCCGAUAAACAUUGCUGACGAAGAGAAAGUUGUGUUCGAUUCAAACUUGCCCAGAUGCCAGGUUAAAAUACCCAGACAGUUCGUCUGGCCUUCCGAUGAAAGGCCAAGAACUCUAGAGGAGCUCAAUGCUCCAAUAGUAGACCUCAAGGGCUUCCUACAAGGAGAUGAUGCGUUGACAGAUGUAGCGGCUGAUCUUGUCAGGGCCGCUUGCACGACCCACGGUUUCUUCCAAGUGACCAACCAUGGCAUUGAUCAAGGUCUCGUGCGUGACGCGUUAGACAGCAUGUACGAGUUCUUUAUGCUACCUCUUAGUCAUAAACUGAGGGCUAAGAGGAAGCCCGGGAGCAUGUGGGGAUAUGCCGGAGCUCAUUCUGAUCGGUUUGCGUCGAAAUUGCCUUGGAAGGAGACUCUCUCUUUUGGUCAUAAUGGAGAUUGCACUAAGCCUGCGGUUGUGGACUACUUCACUUCAACAUUAGGUGAAGAGUUCGAACAUAUGGGGAUUGUGUACCAAAAAUAUUGCGAGGCAAUGAACAAACUCUCUCUCUUCAUAAUGGAACUCUUAGCAAUUAGUUUAGGCGUUGAUAGACAUCACUAUAGAGAUUUCUUCAAGGAGUGUAGCUCCAUAAUGCGAUGCAAUUACUAUCCACCAUGCCAAGAGCCCGAGCUAACUCUUGGCACCGGACCUCAUUGUGAUCCAACCUCACUCACAAUCCUCCAACAAGACAAUGUCGAGGGGCUCGAAGUGUUCGUGGACGAUAAAUGGCAGUCAAUCCGGCCAGUGCACGGUGCACUUGUCAUCAACAUUGGGGAUACAUUCAUGGCACUGUCAAAUGGGAGAUACAAAAGCUGCCUCCAUAGAGCAGUAGUGAACGGUCAAAGGGAGAGGAAGUCCCUAGCCUUCUUUGUUUGCCCAAGAGAGGACAAAGUGGUUAAACCCCCAAGCAGCCUAGUAAGCAAGGAUGAGCCCAGGAUGUACCCAGACUUCACAUGGGCCGACCUACUCCACUUCACUCAGGCCCACUACAGAGCAGACAUGAGAACCCUGCAGUCUUUUUCCCAUUGGCUCCUUUCUCGCUCUCAUAUUUCCUCCCCGACCUAACUCCACCCAAUAUCAUAAUGGCCAACAUUAUCAUUGUUGCAUAGAGGAAGAUUUAUCUAUGUUUUUUGUAGUUAUACGGGGGGUUGAGGUAUCCAAUGCAUGAUAUUGGGCCUAAUGGGCCUGGAUGUUUGUAGUGGAGACGGCGACAAAAGAUUCCUGACGAGAAGAGCGGAGUUGUGAAGCAGGGACACGAUGGCAUAUCCAACGUGUUUUUGGCUACUUGGUUGUGUAUACAUGUAUAAGUGAGAUUAUCUUGAAUUUUCCUCCU